CCGAUAAUAAUAUAUAUAUGAUCGGUUCAUGGCGCGGUACUCUUUUAUUUUUUUCAAGAAAAUGUUGUUUUACAAGAGAUUUGGAUGGUUUGAGUUUUGUCACGCUUUAUGAAAUGUCAAGAAUUCACCUGGGCUGGGAUGCAAUAUAUUGUUGUUUAAGAUUAGGUUAAUUUGUUGGGGUCGUUUCUGUUUAAUUUCUUGUUUCUUGACGCGCGAUUAUGUUACUUGAUUUGAAGAUUGAACAGUCUUGAAAUAUCAAGAAUGUAGUGUUGUUUAACCGUGGGUUGGUUGGUACGUCGUAUUUGUUUUAUUUCGAAGAUUAGGGUAUGCUUGAAACUCACGAUUAUGCCUGGGUCGGAUGUUGUUGGUUUGUACAGGCCUAGAGGACGGAGAAAUGUACAGAUACUUCUUUUCCAAGAGAUCUUCCAAGAAUGCGUCGGACAAGAGGGCUGUUCGUCAAACGAAGGAUGUUAAAGGAUUUUGAAAGGUUAACAACAGGAUCGAACUGAUAUAACCGGGAUGAGCAAGCACAUCCUUGUAUACUGCAGCAAAGAUGUGAAUGUGAAGGGUAGAGGGCAGCAAAGUCGAUGGAUCAUGCAUGAGUACGCACUGGUCACAAAAACAGAGGAUAAGGUGCCGGUUAUUGAGGGAAAUGAAAAUCUUGUUGUGUGUGGCAUUUAUCAGCGGAAGGCCAAAAGGGAGGAGAAGGAGGCAGCAGAAGAAGAAACUGCAGGUGGAGAAAACACUGGAGACAGGAAUGCUGAAGCCCCUCUUUUGGAUCUGAUUGGAGGAGGGCUUGAUCAGCCAAGCGGUGAUCAGCCUCCAAACGUGGCAGAAGAGAAUUUCAAUCUCAAUCUGGAGCUGUGAUAAGUUGAUCAGCAGGUCAUUUAAUUGUUCGAUGCAAGGCUACGUCGCCUGCCUUUUGAAUUUGUGUCAGUGUUAGUUGUUUACAAGGCUUGUUGCCACUAGCUACUUCAUAAGUACAAUGUUUCUAUCCUGCUGUGUUUUUCUGUUUGUUGUUGCCAAAUGGCAAUCAUAAAUGUCUAGCAACUUAAUA